AAAAAUCGAGUUGGGUCAUCACAGUCAUCAACUUGAUCUCAGCAUACGCCCACUGCUCCGCCAAGACCUUCUCACUUUGCAACAAAAUGUUCACCAUCAACUGCCUGGCUGUGAUCUGCCUCUCCUUCCUGCUAUUGUUGGCGGUAGAAAUUGAAUCUGCACCACAUCACCACGCACUGCACGUCGGCUCAGCCAAUACCAGCAGGGCAUCCAGUAUCCCCGGCCAUCAUCAUCACAUGGCCACACCUGACGAUCCAACUGAAGAGUUGGUGAUGGAGCAAGAAAAUGCGGAUCAUCCGGAAGCAGGAUUAUCGGGAGUCGCCCAUCCAUUGACGAAACGUUCGACUGAAACCGUUGAAAAACCUAACACGGUGACCAUCGAUUGGAAAUCGAUCAAGACGACCUUAUUGGAGAUGAUUCGCAAGCUUUUCGAAUUCGUGUCCACCACUUUUAGAAAAUUGAGGGAUCGUUUGCUGCACGCUUUCUGUCCCUUCUUCCCUUCCGCCGAUAAUCAGCACGGCCAUCCGGCGGUUGCCACAUUCACCUCCGUCGAUUGGCGUUCAGCUGCGACGACCCUGUUCAACAGCCUAAACAAAUUCCAACAUUUACGAAUGAAUGAAGUUUGGUGA